AUUCCGGCUGAAACUACUGACCCGCGAGGCGACCGUUUUGACAGCCGCCGUGGUUCUUAACGAGACGCUAAACUACAACCAACGCAUGAUUUACCACUUCCAAAUUGAGGCCACAGAUGGCGUUCACAAGACACAGACAACUUUUGAGGCACGUGUGAAGGAUGUGCAGGACAAACCGCCUGUCUUCCAGGGUUCACUCUCGACGAUCAUCGAUGAGGACAGUCCCAUUAACACGCCGGUGCUGACGGUUCAUGCUCGUGAUGGCGACACGGGUGAACCUCGCAAGAUAGUCUACGAUCUGCUGAGCAAUCCCAAUGAUUACUUUCUGCUCGACUCGCACAGCGGUGAGCUGCGUACAGCCAAGCCCUUGGAUCGUGAGGCGUUAACAGAUUCUACUGGUCUCAUUCCAUUGUUGAUACGCGCCCGAGAACUGGUGAAUGGUGUGCCCAGUGAUGAUCCAUUGACCAGUGCGACGGCCAGAGCUACAGUGACCAUCCGCGAUGUGAACGAUUCGCCGCCGACAUUCAAUAAGAAGGAGUAUGAAGUAGAGCUGCUGGAGAAUACGGCGGAGGGAACUCCUCUGAAUCUGGAUAUGAGUGUGAGCGAUGCGGAUGUGGGCAUCAACUCAAAGUUUGCACUCCGAUUGGAAGAUUUGUCGGGAGUUUUUGAUGUGGAGCCCAAGCUGGUCACCGGCUACUCGCAAGUCAACAUACGCGUGGCCAAUGGAACCUUGGACUAUGAGAAUCCCGAUCAUAGGAAGUUCAUUGUCCUGCUGGUUGCGGAGGAGACGGACACCAAUCCCAAGCUGUCCUCAACGGCCACUAUACACGUUAGUGUGCGGGAUGCCAAUGACAAUAAGCCCACCUUCGAGCAGGAAAGCUACUCGGCCACCGUCUCCGAGGCAGCGUUACCUGGUCAGUACAUCACAACAAUUACCGCCAAGGAUGUGGACUCGGGCAGCUUCGGAGAUGCCGGCAUACGUUACAGUUUAUCCGGCACAGGAGCCGAGCUCUUCAAUGUCAACGACCAAACGGGAGUGAUUACCCUGGCCGAUUGUCAACCGCAGAGCAACAGGCGGCUGAGACGUGACCUCCAUGAGAAUGAGAGCGAUGCUCACGCACUCGAGAUGCUCUCCAUGCAUGCAAAUCCCAACUCGGAGCUGCGAGAGAUUAACACAGAGCCCACCGUGCAAUAUACGCUAAUCGCGCAAACUCCUUUACAACCUGAGGUAGCUGCUCCACCUUCACCUUCAUCUCCAUCAGCAUCAGCAUCACCAUCACCAUCAACUGCUAAUGACGACAAAGACGCCAGCAGCAAGGCGACGGCGACGUGUCUUGACUAUGAAACGGAGACCACGUACUUCUUGUCAUACAAGGUGAAUGUGGGGAACGGGAAAGAGCAGGCGUAG